AUGGUGACCGGGCUGGACCGCCCGCAGGGGUCAUCCCCCAGCCUGGGGCAGACGGUGGCGCGCCCCGCCCGCUUCAGUCCUGCCCGGAGCCGGAGCGGGAUGGGCUGCGGCGGCAGCAGGAAGGUGGUCCCUGAGCCGCCGGAGCUGGGCCAAGGCCGCGCGCAUCCUGGGUUUGAGGCAGUGGCCCAAGCAGCUCGGAGCAUGCAAGUGGCUCAUUUCCGAGCCAGGUUCCACACGCGGGUCCUCGCCAGAUACGACAUCAAGGCUCUCAUCGGAACAGGCAGUUUCAGCAAGGUGGUCAGGGUGGAGCAGAAGACCACCAAGAAACCCUUUGCAAUAAAAGUGAUGGAAACCCGGUUGAGAGAAGGCCGGGAAGCGUGCGAGGCUGAGCUCGGUGUCCUCAGGCGGGUCUGCCACCCUUACAUUGUGCAGCUCAUGGAGAUCUUUGAGGCCCAGGACCGAGUUUACCUGGUGAUGGAGCUGGCGACCGGAGGGGAGCUCCUAGAGAGACUCAUCGCUCAGGGACCUUUUACAGAGCGGGAUGCUGUCAGAAUCCUCUGCAUGGUUGCGGAGGGGAUUAGGUAUUUGCAUGCUUUGCAAAUAACGCAUAGGGACCUAAAGCCUGAAAAUCUCUUAUACUAUCAUCCAGGUGCGGAGUCCAAAAUCUUAAUCACAGACUUUGGGUUUGCCCACUCGGGGAAAAAAAGCGGCGACUGGAUGAUAAGGACGCUCUGUGGGACCCCAGAGUACAUGGCCCCUGAAAUUUUGCUAAGGAAACCUUAUACCAGCGCCGUAGACAUGUGGGCUCUGGGUGUAAUCACCUAUGUUUUACUUAGUGGAUCUCUGCCUUUUGAUGAUGAAAGCCAUGCAGAGCUUUACAGGAAGAUUCUGAAAGGCAAAUAUAAUUAUACCGGACAGCCUUGGCCAAGUAUUUCCCACUUGGCGAAGGACUUUAUAGACAAGCUGCUGAUUUUUGAGGCUGGUCAUCGAAUGUCAGCUGGCCAGGCCCUGGAUCACCCCUGGGUGAUCACCGUGGCUACAGGGGCUUCAGUGAAGAAUCUGCAGAGAGCCAUCUCCCGGAACCUCAGGCGGAGGCUGCCUCCCCACUCUCAGAGUCCUGGAUCUGCUCAGUCUUCUAAGUCAUGUUACUCUCACAGAUCAAAGCAUAUGUGGACCAAGAGAAGCUUGAAGACAGCAGAAACAUCUCUGUCUGCACUUUUAUAAGCAGAUGAUCUCCAGGGUCAUUUUACCCAAUUUUAAGUCUGAUCUGCUAACUUCAUUAAUGGCAUUAAGUCAAGAGGGACCAUUUCAUCAUGAUUAGGGCAGCCUAAAUUGCUGAGGACUUGGGAGCAUGUCAUUACUUUAAAAUAGUGUUGCCCUUUACCAUUUUGUUGGUUGUAUUUAGUCCUGGGGUUUGAACUCAUGGCCUCACAUGUAUUAAGCAAGCAUUUAGUAUUGAGCUAUGCCCUAGCCCUUUUAGUUUUACUUUAGAGACAGAGUUGCAACCCAGGCUGGUCUCAGACUUGUGCUCU